AUGUUGACCGAAACCUUCCUCGCCUCGAUUGGCACCACGAACAGGAAACCGGACACGUCUUCCGCCACCAAGGACGCCGGCAUCUUUCUCCACGAGCACCAACCGCUUCUUGCGCAGCGCCAUACUUUCAAGAAAAGUGCUUGCGCCCCGAAUUGCGUUGCGGUUAGCCGGUCACACAUUUUUGCUGCGCAGAUAGACAAGGCUGUCGUGAACGUCUACAGUAGGGAAAAGGGAAACCAAGAGGCUACAGUCCCGUUCCCCGAGAGGAUCACAAGUCUUGCGCUCGCGCUCGACCAGACCGUGUUGGUACUUGGUACAGAAGGUGGAAGAAUAAUACUGUGGGAGACGUGCACCGGUCGUUCGUUAACAGGCCCACAAUCCCACCUCCAGCCCGUCAAUGUGCUCGCCGUUGACCCGACUUCGAAAUUUCUCCUCAGUGGUUCUUCCGACUCGAACAUCCACGUCUGGUCAAUACAGUCCCUCCUUUCAUUCACCGCACCGGCAAAUCCAACUCCGCUCCACACCUUGUCCAACCAUCGUGGGGGCAUCACCGCAUUGGCUGUUGGUCACAGCACCUCCAGUGCGAAUGUAGUCGUAUCGGCGUCGAAGGACAACACUGCUAUUGUCUGGGAUUACCAGCAAAACAACCUUCUCGCAACCUACCUACUUGGCGACGCCCCCCUCGCCCUUGCCCUCGAUGCGGCGGAUCGCGGGUUUUUCGCAACAUUUGAAGAUGGCAGCAUUCAGUACAUAGACUUCUACGUCUCUGGAGAUGGUGAGACACCGAACGGUGCCGUCGAUUCUCUCCGCAACCCCGACACGUCCUACACACCCAUUACGCCAGCACCCUCGACCCGGUGGCAUCCCACAAAUCAAGACCUCGGUGCAGCCCAGAGUAUAACAUUAAGCUGGGACGGCACAACAAUUCUGACCGGCCACUCGACUGGGAAGAUUGCAGCAUGGUCACCUGUCGGAUCAACGCAUCUCAAGACGGUGCUCAACUCACUUCCCGGCCCUGUCACCAACAUCUCCUUCCUCACGCCAACUGGAUUCCCUACCCCCACCAACGAGCCCAAAUACAAGGUUCACGCGAUUGUAAAACCGCGUCUUGACCUCAAAGCACAUGUCAGUGACGGAGAAGUCUCGAGCCCAGUGCCGGCAGCAUAUGCUUUCCAUGCUCAGCUUGUCGACUCAAUCUCGGGUGUGGGAGCUAGGAAAACAAGCAAAAAGAGUGCUUUUGAGGAAGCGUUGACACACACGAGCUUCCCGUCGGAUAUGCUGGAGCGCAGCCUUGCCGAAUUAAAUGUCUUUACUGGUUCCGGUCAAGCACAUGCUGCGUCGGCGCCUCCAGUCGCUAAUGGUGGGGAAGCAGAUUUCAUGGUUCUGGACACGAAGGAGGACGCGGGCUCGGAGGCAAAUGAGGCUUUGGAGCGCGAGAAUAAGGAGCUGCGUGAGCAGUUGGAGUCUCUUCAGCGGUUGCAGAAGGCUACGUUGAAACAGCUUGCAGAGCUGAAGGAGGAGAAGAAGAAGUCGAAGGGAACGGCAGUCCCAGCUGAGAAGGAGAAGGCAGACGAGAAGACUGAGAGGGAAAGAAGAAGUGAGAGAGUACGGCGAGCGGUGAAGAAUUUGGGCGAUUGA